UGUUGUCUCACGGGUUAUGUUCUCCGCUUGCAGACACCAUCACGCUGGAGCUUCCGAACACUUCUUACAGCAAGACAGAGGAGUCUCCAACAAUAAUCACCAACUCUGUGUCCCUAAGAACCCAAAAGGAAGACGGAAACCACCAGAAAAGGGGCCUUCUUUCUUGCCCCAUUUGUCAAAAUGAAUAUUAUUCACCCAGUGAGCUCAAGGAGCAUUUUAAGAGCCACGCUUAUACCAAUACUGAUUUCACCUGCUGGGAGGGGGGCUGUUUUUUUACCACGCAAGACCGCAAGAACUUUCUGGCUCACCUGCACCAGGAGCAUCAGGUGACCCCGGUACCUUGCUCCCAACGCACCUGCAAGUUGCUUUUCUCCAGCCGAGAGGAGAUGUCCCUGCAUUUUCGGAACCAUUUCCCCUUUCAUUGUAACUCGUGCGACUUUGUCAGCUCCAAUGUAAAGCUGUUCACCCAGCACAAUAAAAAGCAUCCUCCGGGAGAGGAAACCCACUCAGGUGUAGAGUCUAUGCUCGAUCCCGGAAAGGAGGCUUCAGUAAGAGCCGUGACCCACGAUAUGCGUCAGACCAAUGAGGAAGCCAGCUGUGUUUUUCUGCCGACCGCGAGACCCGGGAAGCGAACGAACUCUGGAGCUCUGAAUAGGAAAGGUGAAGAUGAGGAUGGAGAAUGUACGCCCAGAAAGAAAAAACCCGGGAAACUGAAAACGUCCCAUAAUGCCAAAGCCAAGGCAUGUAAAGGUGAUGUAGAUAAAGGGAACGAGCACCUUUUUAAGACCCACAUGUGUCCGGAGUGUAAGCGCUGCUUUAAGAAGCGGACCCACCUUGCCGAGCACCUUCACCUCCACUUCCCGGACCCCAACCUGCAAUGCCCAAACUGCCACAAGUUCUUUACCAGUCGAAGUAAACUGAAGAUCCACAUGAUGAGGGAAUCGGGCGAGAAGACUCACCGCUGCCCCCUCUGUGACUACUGCUCGGUGGAGAGCAAUGCCCUCAACCGCCACAUGGCAAGCAUCCACGAAGAAGUGUCCAACUUCUACUCCGAUACCUACUCGUGCCCUGUGUGCCAGGAGACCUUUAAACUUAGCCAGGCUCUGAAAGACCACAUGAAGGGACACAAAUCCGAGCAGAAUAUGCUGCUGUGCUUCCAAGAAGGUUGUGACCACGCGCUCUCCGAUCGCAAAGAGUUCCUUCGCCACCUUAAGGAGUCUCACGGGAUCCGCGGCGUGGAGUGCACUUACCAUGCCUGCUCCCUUCUCUUUAAGAGCCGCGAGGAGAUGGAGGAGCACCGAAAGAAACACUACGCCUUUCACUGUCAGGAGUGCGACUUUGCUUGUUCCAACAAGCACGCCUUCCGAAAACACAAGAAGAACGGGCACCCUGGCAAAGAGGAGCUGUCCUGCCUCUUCUGCCCUUACAAGAGCUUCAAUCCCGUGGAGUACGCUGACCACGUGGGCAAGAUGCACGCUAAUGAGAAAAUCCACCGCUGCGGGGACUGUAGCUUUGCCACCGCUCACAAAAGGGUCCUGAUACGGCACAUGUUACUGCACACAGGGGAGAAACCUCAUAAGUGCAACUUGUGUGACUUCACGUGCAGGGACAUCAGUUACCUCUCCAAGCACAUGCUGACCCACUCCAGCGAGAAGAACUACAUGUGCACCGAGUGUGGCUACAUCACCAAGUGGAAGCAUUAUCUGAAUGUGCAUAUGCGCAAGCACAGCGGGGACCUUAGGUAUCAAUGCAAUCAGUGUUCCUACCGCUGUCAUCGCGCAGACCAGCUGAGCAGCCACAAGCUGCGCCACCAGGGCAAGAAUCUCAUCUGUGAGGUCUGCGGAUUCGGCUGCAAGCGGAAAUACGAGCUCCAAAAACACAUGCAAAUCAAACAUUCCCAGUCAUCCCAGCUGCCCGUGUACCAAUGCCAACACUGCAGCUACCAGACCAAGUACAAGCAAGCGCUCCUGAACCACGAAAACUGCAAGCACACAAAACACAGGGAGUUCCGCUGCGCGCUUUGUCCGUACCGCACCUUCAGCAACACCAGCCUUUUCUUCCAUAAGCGCAAGUCGCACGGCUACAUCCCCGGAGACAAGGACUGGCUGGAGAAAUACGCCAGCAAGCAGCAAGAGGUUAACCAGGCUGGACUUCUCUUCCCGUACAAUACAGAAGCUUCUGGGAUGCCAGAUACGAAUAAAACUGUCCACGUUGUCCAUCAGACUCAGAAGUGUGAAACGGCGGCGUUGGAGGACCAGGAACAAGUCAAUCAGCAGCUAUCUGACGGCUUACAGGUCGGUGAAGUUAGCGAGCCAGGUGAGGAGGCCACCAUUACUGUGGGAGAUGAGGCUCUGAUGGCCACGGUGACCCUGGAACCAGUUGAAACGUGCGGCAUGGUAAUGAAUGAUUUUCCCGUACAACUCGAGCUGUCUGCACCCGCGGAACUCUUAUCCAAAGGAUCUGCAGAGGAGACGCUGGUUACUUGUGAAAACUCUCUUCCCACCAGGGAGGAAAUGCUUUGCUUUUCUGAAACCUUGGCCGUUGGGGGCAAUCAGGAGUUUGAGGAAGAGACGGAUCCUCGGUCGGCCGGUCAGGACCAAAACGAGAAAGUGAUGUGUCCGACGACUGUCCAGUACAACCAAGAGACCGUUCUGUGUGACCUUAACGGUAAAUGUGAAGAGCUUCCCGUUCAUGUGGCUACUCUGGACCUCCAGCCCGGAGACAUACCGGUGGAAGUGCAGGAGUCGUGGGCUGAUGUUGUCAAGGACGGAGUGGAAUUAACCAUCGUAUGCGAGUCCGAGGGUCUGGUUCACAGCGACGUUCCUGAAACUGAGAACUCGGCCAAUUCCCCGGUAGAGGCACAAGAAUGCUCCGGGCCAGAGUCCGUUCUCGAGGUUCUGAGGAAGCAGGACAAGGAGCAAGCAGAGACCCUGGUGUUGGAAGGAAGAGUCCAGAUGUUGGUAGUCCAGUCCAGCUCUCAGGUUUACAAAUGCGAGAAGUGUUCUUACAUCACUAAGAAGGAAGGGAGUAUGCUCCAGCACUCCAAAAUUGGCUGCCACGUGCGCAAAACGUCCCUAGUGUGCAAAGAGUGUGGCGCUAGCUUCAAACAGCAGAGAGGCUUGAACACUCACGUCCUGAAGAAGUGCCCCGUCGCGCUCAAAAAGAAGAAAGCUGUCCAGGCAGCUCCUAGCAGUGAGGAACCAGACCGGUGUCCGGAGUCCAGCAUUACCCAAACGCCUGGAAGCAGGCGAGGAGAUGACCGAGUACAGGUGGUUACUGCGCAGGGGUCUCAAUGGUCUCACAUGUCAGAACACUGCUUAGAAGAAAUGGAUACGCUAACACCUUCUCAAACCCUAGUUAACAAUCAUUUUAAAGAAACGACUCCUAAAAAACUAAUCUUAGAUCAAGAAGAAACUGCGGCCGUAACCUCCCCCGACCCCCAAAUAGAGCACGGAGAUAUCUCGUCAUUUCCCUCUGGGUUCCAGGAAAAUGGAAAAUACAGAUACGAUAACGGAAGGUUCCGCUGUCUGCUUUGUUCCUUUUCGUGCUCCAGGGAAUGUACCAUUAGUUGCCACGUCAAAGAGAACUGCAGAGGUUUGAGAAAGUCUGCGCACGUCCGGUGUCCAAAAGAACCACUUUCAGAAGGCGCCUUAGGAAAGCGUGAGCAGGAGAACCGCCGAGAGCAGGACCUGUGCCAAGAAAAGGACCCGGGGUCGGAGAGCUCAGCUGAUGAUGGGAGCCAAAGUAUGGAGGAAGAUGAAGAGAGAGAGGAAAAUGUGGGUGAUGCCGUUGUGGAUCCAGAUAUGGAAACACAACAUGGCGCUAGGCUUUCCUGUCCCACCUGUCCCUUCACGUGUUCCCAAGAACGGGCCAUGAAGACGCACAAGAAAAAGGGUUGCUUAAAACAAGGAGAGCUCCAGUGCCCAAUGUGUUCUUUUCGAUGCAUGUCAACUGCAGCCCUGAAACGGCACAGAGACUUGCACCAGAAGUAUACGCGGAACAGAGCGCAGCUGCAGUGCAAGCAAUGCGACUUCGUCUGCAAACAGCCUCGCUGCAUGAAGCAGCACGUCCGAAUCCGCCACGAAGGCGUCAAACCUCACAGCUGCCGGUACUGCGACUUCAGCACCACCAGGCGCUACCGCCUGGAUGCACACGAGUCCCUGCACACCGGCGUCGGUCGCAUUUCCUGCGACGCCUGCAACCGCACGUUCGGAACCAACUCCAAACUGCGACUGCACCAAAGACGGGUCCACGAGAAGAAGCCCACCCACUUCUGCGGUCUUUGUGACUACAGCGGCUACAGCCAGAACGAUAUCGCCCGCCACGUGGGGAGCUGCCACAGCGGCAAGCCUGCCUUUCCGUGCCCCGUGUGUCAAGCGAGUUUCAGCUCGGAGGCGGCGCUGAAGCAGCAUAGUCUGAGGAGGCACCAAGAAAAGGCUACCCACGCGUGCCCAAGGUGCCCUUUUACCUGCCACAGCCCGGCCACCCUUCGAUGUCACCUGCAGAAGCAGCACCUCCAGUUAGAAUGCGGCGUCUGCAAGCAGUCGUUCUCUCGCAGGCUGGAUCUGGAAGAGCAUCGCAGAUCUCACUUCAGCCACCGCUGCCAGGAGUGCCGAUACGCAGCCAAAGACCGGCAGCAGCUGGUCCGCCAUUACUCCGAGGAGCACGAGAAGUCUGCGCCGCCGGCCACCGAGGGACAAGAGGGGCCCCUGAGGUGUCCUUUCUGCCCCUUCUCCUGUCACCACCAGCUGGUUUAUGAUCAUCAUGUUAAGGGCCACGGGGGUACCAAGCUCUACAAGUGCGUGGAUUGCGAGUACACCACCAGGAACAAGCAAAAGAUCACCUGGCACAGCCGCAUUCACACCGGCGAGAAGCCGUACAAGUGCCAUCUCUGCAGCUACGCCUGCGCAGACCCAUCGCGUCUAAAGUACCACAUGCGCAUCCACAAGGAUGAGAAGAAGUACUUGUGUCCAGAAUGUGGAUACAAAUGCAAAUGGAUCAAUCAGCUGAAAUAUCACAUGACCAAACACACAGGUGUGAAGCCAUACCAAUGCGAGGAGUGCGACUACCGCACCAACCGAGCGGAUGCUCUCCGCAUUCACCGGGAGACGCGUCACCGCGAUGUCAGGUCCUUCAUCUGCGAACAAUGCGGCAAGGCCUUCAAGACAAGGUUCCUGCUCAAAACGCACCUGAAGAAGCACAGCGAGGAGAAGCCAUACGUUUGCAACAUCUGCCAGAGCGGCUUCCGCUGGCCGGCCGGCCUACGCCACCACUACCUCACCCACACCAACCAGCAACCCUUCUUCUGUCAGUACUGCUCUUACAGAGCCAAACAAAAGUUCCAGGUGGUUAAGCACCUGCAAAGGCAUCAUCCGGAUUACCCAGACGUCUCGAAAGGUGUCGGGAAAGAGAUUUAUUUAUCCGCAAUCCACCCCCAGGGUCUCGAUAAUCUCCGGCCGACGACCGCGUGUGAAGGUGAAGCCUUAUCUGCAGAGGUUACCCAGACUUAGCAUCAUGGCUGUGGUUGGAUGCGAUAAAUAAGGACAUUUUAAAAUAUUAGAUUUUUUUUAAAAUAUAUUUUCAAGAAAGACCUAAAUGUAUCAAGA